AUGUGGUGUGGAACCGCAAAUCACCUGCAGAAAAUAGAGAAGAGAAAGCAAACCGAGGAAGACAGGGGAAGAAAGUUAACUGAUGAGAAUGGCCGGUCACAGGUUCUUUACAUCAUUCUUGGGAGCAUAUUGUUAACUGUUAAUUUUGUUAGCAAUGAUCAGCAUCUUCAAGAUAGCAUGAUUGGCAUUGAUGAAGAGGCUUUAGAAACCCUAAGCGGCACCGCCGCCUCCAUCGCUUCCAACGCCACCAAUCUCAGCCUGCCGAUUUACGCCAUAUCCGUCUAUAUUGCCACAGACAAUUCAUGGCACCGGCUCACCUCGCCAGAGCCGAUUCCGUUGUUCUCUCAUUGCGUUGCCGUCGAAAGGAAGCUGAUCCUUGUCGGCGGAUGGGAUCCCGUGAGGCUCGAUCCGAUUCCAGAUGUGUGGAUUGUAGAUCUCGUCACCGGGGAGUGGAGAAAGGGCAGAGCAAUGUCAAUCGCACGAUCUUUCUUCGCUUGUGCGGCGGUUGGCGGGAGGGUUUACGUCGCCGGAGGGCACGACAAGAUGAGGAACCCACUGCGGACGGCGGAGAUUUACGACGUGGAGGCGGAUGAGUGGGUGGCAUUGCCGGCAAUGGCGGAGGAAAGAGACGAGAGUCAAGGAGUGGCAAUCGGGAGCAUAUUCUGGGUGAUAAGUGGAUAUGGAGCACAAACCAUGGGGCAGUUUACUGAUUCAGCGGAGUGGUACGAUCCGGAGAAGGGGGUUUGGCUGACUGAGGAAGGGUUGUGCUCGGAAGAAAAUGGCUCGUCAGCCUGCUUUGCCGGAGGCGACGUGUUGUGGUGUGUGGGGAGGAUAGGGGCAAGGAAAUAUAGGGGAGGGAGUGGGUGGAACGAGAUCGCUCAGGCAGCAGAGGGGAUGAAGGAGACUUCAUGCAUGGCAACGAUGGGAGACAGCAAGAUUUUCGUGAUGGGAGCCGUCAGAAAUGGUGGAGGCACUGCCGAUGGCAGAGGGAAUUAUGGAGCUUGGAUUUUGGACAUUGGAGCAGGGAAGUGGAUAAAGGUUGAGACGCCGGCGAAUUUCUCAGGGUACGCGUACACUGCUGCCGCUGUCUUUAUUUGA